UGAUGAUUUAGUAAAACAUCAAAAAUUGAAUUAUGCAAUUUACAAUGGCCCAGGAUGUUGAUUUUCAAGCUGUAUGAUCCGAUGUUCAUGUUUUAUUUUUGUGCAGAAUUACUUUAAAGAAGAUUGAUUAGUUUUCAAAGUUAUUAACUUUCCCUUAAUUACAUGCUUGAAAGUGUCUGCAUGUAAAAAAAAAUCAUUGAGAAGAUUAUUUUAAAUCUAUAUAGUUGACAUGCAUAAUCAUUAUAUAUUGUCUGUUAGGCGUCUAUAAAUAGCCCAACGCGCGUCAAGGGAAUAUGUAACUCAGAUUCAACUGUCUAUAGAAGUUUAAGAGUAUAAAACAACGAAUUACUAAGAGGUAUUGGAUAAUUUUAUUUCUCUCUAACUGAUGGCAAGGUACUGUUGUAACAAAACACACUGCUUUGCACAGAUAAGACCACCGAUGAUUUGAAAGUCUGAACUGGACACGUGAUUUGUCACUUGAAGUGGUCAGUGACCGUUGUUUGUAAACACCGAUUUAAAAUCAAGUAAUUCUGGCUAAUGCAGGUGAAAUAAUGUAUGAAAUGUGGUGAUUUAAAGGUGGAAAAAAUUUGUCGAAAUGCGUUGAAGUUUGUCUUGGAGGUUUUUCAUUUCAUAUUAAUAGCUUGAAAGUCUUUUGAAAUCGGGUUUGUCUGUUUUUGUUAAAUCUCUAUUGAUAUUCAUCGAAUGACCGGCUUUUAAAGCCUUUGUUUAUAUCGAGCACAAGGUUGUCCAGAUUUCUCUUUUCUAUUAUAAGUCGUUUUUAUAUACCAAAAAGGCAAGUGCUGGUGAUGAAAUUCAUAAAAAUAAAUACAAUGAAAAUCUGCAAGAAUGAAUACGUUUUCUUCCUACAUUAUUUACCUCGGGUAGUAAUUAUUUAAUUUUCAGGCUAAGGGUGACCAUUUAAAACUUACUUUUCUACCAUUAUAUUCCAAUAUCCCAGGGGAAAAGGACUGUACACUUACUGAAGAUACAUCAGUGUUUAAUAUUUACCAAAAAGUACAAUAGAUAAAUCAAUUUUUCAUUGAAAAGAGGAGUAGUAAAAAGGGACCACAAGUUACAGCUAAAGUAGGGAGAUCCUUUAUCAUGUUUUUGCAUUGAAUUUCAAUACAAAUGUGAUGAUCCACCUGGAUGGAAUUCAUGGGGGGAUGGAAUCAUAGGAUCACUUCACCCUAGAUACAAUAAGGCAUCGGAAAACUCCAGACACAACAGGAAAUAUAUUCAUAACCUUCAUGAUCUUGACCACAGUGACUGUCUGCUAUAUAAUUGGUUACUUAAAAACUCACGCCCUCUGGGGAGGCAGACGUCGCCCUAUCCCUGAGGAUGACACACCCCUAACAGGCCGAGAUAUCAGGAGUGUGUAUAAUUUCACACAAGUCAACACCUCACACCCAAAACUGACUUACAUUCUCUACCCUACCACUGUUUGUGGAGUAUUCAAAGGAAAUGCGAGCAAUUUCCCACAUAUUUUAAUUAUUGUUAAAUCUUUACCUGAAAGUUUUCAUAUCCGCCAAUGGUUACGGUAUGCCUUGCAGCACUAUACAGAAAGUAAUGAACAUUUCAAGAUAGUUUUUCUUUUGGGUCAGUCGAAAUCGUCAUCUACAGAAGAGCUUAUCAAAGAGGAAAGUAAGCGACACAGUGAUAUUAUUCAAGGAAACUUUACAGAUAUUGGUCGAAACACGACCUACAAGACCAUCAUGGGAUUCCGAUGGGCACUUCAUUACUGUCAAGAAACCCAAUUUCUAUUCUUUCAAGACGAGGAUAUCAAAAUCAACUUUCAAAAUUUGUUGACAUUUCUCAAAGAAGAGGAUGACCCAGAGUCACUAUAUGUAGGAAAGCUGGUCAGAAAGGAAAAGUUAACAUUUAAGGAUAAAAAACACCCCAAAUAUAUUCCUAGAGAGGAAUAUCCACUAAAUUCCCUGCCGCCAUAUAUCUCCACUGGUGCUUAUAUACUCAGCAUUGACGUGGCUACUACUAUGGAGUCUAAUUUUGAUUCUGUUAAAAUGGUCCAUGUAGACGAUGUGUUCCUGGCACUGGUUGCAAUGUUUAGUGACGUCAUUUUAAUGCAUUCUAAAAAGAUUGCUCUUGAAAACUGUGCCAAAUUUAGGAAGAAUAUAGCAUGCAGGACAUUUACUUCUGUCCAGGAUUCACUCGAUGUUUGGAAGGAAUUCGCUGGAAGUAAUAUUUAAUGAAGUCGUAAACAAAUUUUGAUUCUGUAUGAUUCCGCAUCAUUGUAAGCCACAGGUUACCAUGUCCAUUCUGGUACCUUGAACGUUAACCGGUGUGGAUAGCUGAAGUUAAGAUUCUACGCAUAAAUAAUCUGAAGUUGGUCUUAAAAGGUGCUGAAGUUCCUCAUUGACAAUAUCUAUGCAAUCGUUGGUGAUCUAGGCUUCCAACAAUCUGUUGAAAAUCCCAUGGGCACAAUAGUGCACCUUUUAUUCGCUGUCCUUUUUUGUAUUCUAAUGAAGCAACAUUUAUUCAAAAGCUUCUAUAUGGGAACAAAAAUUGUCUUGUGGCAUCAACGCAACACUCAGAUACAUCGACUCUGUUUUAUAUAUGUGAUAUAUCCAGUCAACUCGAAAUAAAAGACACCAAGGAGUUUUCA